GAGUAAAGGUUAGCAGUUUAUGGUCGAUAGAUCGAGCCACCUGAUAUCAUUAUCAUCCCCUGGAUUUUCUCUCCACAAGCAAAAAUGGCUGAGAACCCAGUACGUUUUGGUAUCAUGGGGUGCGCCCAGAUAGCCAGGAAAGUGGCUAGAGCCAUAGAUUUAGCACCCAACUCAAUCAUCUACGCCAUAGCCAGCCGUUCGAUCGAAAAGGCUAAGGCUUUUGCGGCUGCAAAUGGGUUACCCGAGGCCGUGAAGAUCUAUGGGAGCUAUGAACAGCUGGUCGACGACCCAUUUGUGGACGCAGUGUACAUGCCCCUGCCGACCAGCCUCCACGUGCAGUGGGCGGUCCGGGCAGCCCAUAGAAAGAAGCAUUUGCUUUUGGAGAAACCGACGGCUGUUGAUGUGGCAGAGCUUGAUCGGAUAUUGGAAGCAUGCGAAUCAAACGGUGUACAGUUCAUGGAUGGGAGCAUGUGGCUGCAUCAUCCUAGGACUGCCAAGAUGAAGGAGUUGCUCUCUAGCUUCGGACAACUCAACUUUAUCCAAAGUCAAUCAACAACUUCAGCAACCCCUGAAUUUUUGGAGAGCAACAUAAGAGUUCAACCUGACUUGGACACCCUCGGUGCCCUUGGAGACUUAGCCUGGUACUGCAUUGGAGCCACCUUGUGGGCUAAGGACUACCGACUGCCAACUGCAGUAGUUGCUCUGCCUGAUGUCACCAGGAACUCAGCUGGAGUCAUCUUGUCAUGCACCGCCUCCCUUCACUGGGAUCAACUGGGCGGGGCAGUUGCAGUGAUUCACUGCUCAUUCCUCUCCCACACGUCCAUGGACUUGGCCAUAUCUGCUUCCGGAGGAUCCCUGCACGUCAUGGACUUCAUAAUCCCCUAUCAAGAGCAUUCUGCUUCUUUUGACUUCACGUUGGGCGCCAAGCUUGUUGAUCUCCAUAUUGGGUGGAAUGAGAAGCCUGAGGUAGUUCACGUGGCUUCUCAGCUCCCUCAAGAGGCUUUGAUGGUUCAAGAGCUAGCAAGGCUUGUUGAGGGCAUUAGGAAACAUGAGUCGCACCCGGAUAGCAAAUGGCCUGAGAUUAGUAGAAAGACGCAGUUAGUAAUGGAUGCAGUCAAGAAAUCCAUCAAUCUUGGCUGCAAACCUGUUAAUUUGUAAUUAGCUUGCACUGAAUGAACUAUUCCUGCGCAAUCAUGUGGCAGACAUUAAGCAUGAGACCAUAUACUAUGUAAAUGUUAACCUUUCACUGUUAUAUAACGUUUUUGUAGCCCCCAA